CGCAAUGGCGGAAGUAAAUUCCUCAGCUAAGCGUUCUUGUUUUGACAGCUAAACGUUACAUUACACCUGUCUGCUUUAUAAGCUUUGCCUUUUCUCCGGUUAUAUCUGAGCAGUUUUGGACUCAUAUAACCGACCCGACCAGCUGUAACACUGACACCACGGCCCGGGAAACUGACGAGGUAGCAACAGUCCAUGAGUCGCAGUAGGAAUCCCCCUCAACGGGGUCAAGGGGCAGCCCGAGCCAAACAGAUGGGGCUGCUCCUUGACCUGUCCCCAGAUGGAGGGAUGGAUGAUGAUGGAAAUGAUGAAGAUCUGGAGGCAGAGCUGCUAAAUCUGGUGGGAGGAGGUGGAGGGAGACCACAAGGGAGGAAAGGUGAAGGCAGAGCUCCUGUUCCCAUGGCUGACAUAGAGCGAAUGGCGGCACUUUGUAUGAAAGACCUGGAUGACGACGUGGGGGAUGAAGAUUUGGAGGAUGAUGAAGAUCUGCUGGCAGAACUGAAUGAAGUUUUAGAGGAUGAUGAGGAACAAAGUCCUGCUCCCACCCCUCCUGCCGUCACGCCAACUGCUCCCAAAGUGAGCGUCACGUCCCACUCUGCUCCCGCUGCUGCUCCCAGUGGUGCCAGUGGGGUCGAGUCUCGCCUCUUGGAGCGCAUUGAAAUGUAUAGGACAGCCAUUUCCAAUGCCAAGGCUGCGGGGGAGACCAGCAAAGUCCGAAGAUAUGACCGUGGCUUAAAGACUCUGCAGUCCAUGUUGGCAUCUGCCAGGAAAGGAAAACCAGUCAAUGAAGAGGAGAUGCCGCCUCCAGUUGCUCUUGGUGGAAAGCCCAACGUCACAGCCGACUCUGAACCGAUCAAGGAGCGAGAAGUGCCAACGCCCACGCUGACGCCGUCUCCUCCCACAAAUCAGAAACCUCUAAGGGAGGCUCCACCGGCAACGCCGCCGGCAGCUCCCAAUGCAAAGCCGCUUCAUCUGACCGUGCCCCAAAAGCCCGCAGCUGCCGUCACCCCGGAAACACCUGCCAUCUCUCCCCUCACCCCCAGCCAGCCUGACGCGCAGCACUCAGAGCUGAAACAGGCAAUGUUGUCCAGACAGAGGGAGUACAAGAUAGCUGCCAUAAACGCCAAACAGAGCGGCGACAUAGACCGAGCGAAACAACUCUACCUCACUGCCAAGAAGAUGGACGUGUUGGUAGAGGCAGUGGACAGAGACCAACCAGUAGACCUGAGCUCACUUCCUCCUCCUCCUGGAGACGUAGUAGCAGAACACCGUGCACCUCCUCCUCAGUCUUCCUCUAAACCUGCUGCACCUGCUGCACCUGCACCCUCACCAGCACCCGCCCAGGUGGCAACUGCUGAUCUGCCUGCUCCCAGCAGUGUGGCGGAGGCUCUGCAGCAGAGGAUGGACAUUUACAAGUCGGCAGCAGAGGGAGCCAAGAGCAAAGGAGAUGAUCGGAAGGCUCGCAUGCAUCAGCGCAUUGUCAAGCAAUACCAGGAUGCGAUCAAAGCUAGCAAAGCUGGACGACCUGUCAACUUGUCAGAUCUACCUGUGCCACCAGGCUGUCCACCAUUUCAGGGCUCAGGGGGGAGUCAGCAGAACUUCAUGGGUGUCCUGGAAACAGCUAUGAAAAUAGCUAAUCAGGACGCAAACGCUGAAGAUGAAGAUGAAGAAGAGGACGGACAGAGAGAGGCUGCCAAGCCUGCAGUGCGUCCACCUGCCCAGAAAGCAAAGUCUCCAGCUCCUCAGGCCCCUGGAGGCUCCUCAGCUCCAAAACUGGGACCUAAAGCCCAGCAGCAAGUGGAUUUCCUGUUGCUAAGGCGACAGGGUUUUAUGCGUGCAGCUCUGCGCUCCAAACAGAUGAAAGACAUGACGGGAGCGGCGCAGCACCUCCGACACGCCAAGGGACUGGAUCCUAUGAUCACCGCUGCCAAGUCUGGCCUACCUGUGGAUAUCACCAAGAUUCCCAGUGCUCCGGUCAGUGACGAGGACUACUCUCUGGCUCGCUCCCGUUCCUCCCCUCACUCCCCUCGCUCCAGCGAUCAGUACCACGGCCUCAUGGAACUUUUGCGGAAGCAGCAUGAGAAAUGUUUGGGAUAUGCUCAACAGCUCACACAAAUGGGCAAUGUGGCCGAAGCUCUGAAGUUUGAGAGGCUCGUUGAGGAGUGUAUGAAGAACAUAGAAAUACUCAAGAAUGCCUACGCCAAGGGCCAGCCAGUCCCUAAGUGCCACACAGAGGAGAGGACCUUCAACGUUAUCAAGACCCACUCCAGCCUGACGCCCAAUGACCUGAUCCUGUACAUCAUCAAAGCCAUCAACCUGCCGGCUCCCUCAGGUGUCUCACCUAACGAUCUGGAUGCCAGUGUGAAGUUUGAGUUUCCUUUCCCCAGCGCGGAGGAGGCUCAGAGGGACAAAACCAGCACAGUGAAGAACACCAACAGCCCAGAGUUUAAAGAGAAUUUCAAACUCAACAUCAACCGCACCCACCGAGGCUUCAAACGAGUCGUCCAGUCCAAAGGCAUCAAGUUUGAAAUCAUCCACAAGGGAGGCCUGUUUAAAACUGACAAAGUUGUCGGCACUGCUCAGCUGAAGCUAGAGGCUCUAGAAAAUCACUGUGACAUCAGAGAGAUAAUAGAGGUGAUGGAUGGACGGAAACCUACAGGUGGAAAGUUGGAGGUGAGAGUGAAGAUCAGAGAGCCUUUAUCGGGAGCUGACCUUCAGCCGGUGACAGAGAAGUGGCUUGUUAUCGAGCCGGUGUCCUCCCUGUCCCCUCCAGAGAGACAAAAGGAACGGGCUCCAUCUCCACGGUCUAAACCCAGACAUGAAACGAGCGGCAGAAGCAGUCAUCCCAACAACUCUCCUCCGCAGUACAAACUCUACAGCUUCAGCCUCCUCAACUACGACAGGGAGCGGCUGGAGAGAAAGAUUGCAGAGUACCGAAAGGCGCGACGGGAUCCCCCAUCUGACCUCAUCCAUCAACACAAAGAGCUCACACACAGACUACAGUGGCAGAAGGCUCACCUGGAACGAGGCUCCUCUACUCUGUCAGAGUAUGAAAAUGUGCUGCGGCACUCCGUCCAAGGAUACGCUGAGUCCGUGAAGAAAUACUCCAACCAAGGCAACAGGGACGCUGCCAAGGAUGCACUGGGCAGGUUAAAGAUGGUAGAGAAUGAGUUGGAAUCGCUGAGAAGGAAGCGCACAGGAUGAGAGGAGAGUACGGGAGUGGAGACUUGGCUGGAACAUCCCUGUCACAGGCAUCCUCAUCAUUCCUCGCUGCUUUACACUUAUUGUGCCCAUGGAGUCAGGGGGACGAAAUCCAGACGAUUCCUGUGAAGCUUCCUAAAAUGUGUGACGCCUUGAAAUUAAUACUUUCGCCACAACAACACUAGAUGUACAUAAACAGCAAUGUGUCGCACGUGUCAUGUAUUCUCUGGACAGAUGUUUCUUCUGUGUGUUUGACAACCUGCUAACCAGCCGGCGGCAGACUCUGUUGAUCCGCGUAGAUUGCGUGCAGCCAGGAUGUAGCAACUACUUUAAAAAGAGCCUCACUGUGUGUUUUUAUUUGACUCUUCAACGUGGAUGAUGUCUGUUAACUCCACUAAUAGUUUUUUUUUUUUUUUGGGUCAUGUGACAUAGCAGAGAAUCAUGUGUUUGCCCUAAUCCACCCACUGCCUCACCCCAUUAACAAAUAAUCCUGGUUAAAGAUGACCUGAUAUGGUCUGCGUUGAUUUUUUAUGUAACACCCCUUCCCCCCACUUUGUUUUUAAUCUAUCAGGAGAGGAUAUCUUCUGCCUCUUUGUUAAUGCUAAGUUAUGAUGCUUUUGAUCAUCUGUUAUUCUUUUAGAUGUAUAGGCUAGGUGACACAAUAAUCUUAAGAUUUAAUGUAAGGGGAUCCUAAAGCCGGGGUAGUGAGAAAUCUGGAAAAGGCAAAACAAAAGGCACAACUUGAAAAUACACCCUCCUCCUGCAGCUGGGCCCUCUCUGUUCAAAGCCCCUCUCACCAGACAAUCAUGUGCACAUGCAUUUCGUUGUUGUCAGGUGCAAACCUCAUAUCUCCACUGUCUUAUUAUUUCUUUCAUAAAUUAAUUAUAUUGAUCCCCCUCAUCUUCUAUCAGUGGGUUUUACCAUUUCUCAGCCAAUGAAAUGGAUUUAAAAAGUUUGUGGGUAAACGUCCUAUCUCCAUUGAAACGUGAAAAAAUGCAAUUUUGGGGAUUUGAGGAGGUUUGGGUCUGACAGCAGCGAUUUGUUUCAUACAGUAACUCAGUGUUUACCGUACAUUGAUUUAUUUAAUCUCAUUUGAUUGUUCGGUCUCCUGCAGCUCCUUUGCUCAACCCCUCCUUGCCUCGCUCGGUCUCUCUCUGUUUAUCAGACCACAAACGAGACAAGAAUUGGCUAACUAGCCACUUAACAGUCCCUCCGCCUUGCUCCCCGUUGCCAUGGACUGCUUCGCCAGAAGGAGAGCGGGCAGCAACUUGGGAGAAACACCUUCAGUUGGCGCAUUUAGUGGCUUGAAUUCAGGCAGCGCAACACGCCCUCAGUGUGUGACAGCAGGCUGCCGGCCAGCAGCAGCACCAGGUCUAACCUGUGUAACGGCAGCAACAGAAAGUUUGCUGAUCCAGUGCAAAGUUGGGCUGUCUGUCCUCCGAGAUGACGUUAGUGCUGGCUGGAUUCGGUUUGCUGUUGCCCCUGACCGGGGUCUGUCUCUACAGCUGCUGACCCCUCGUCGUAGUUAGGUGGUCUGUAGCAGUGGGGAUUGGGUUGGAGGACACACUGUGAUUUGAGGCUCUUACAUUAGCUGACGUUGGUUACAUACCGUGAACUUGAAGCCGCAGCCAUGAGCUCCUGGCUCUGCUUAGCAAAAGACUAAUCUAUUAGCAACAUUUUCUCUCCAUCUCUUAAACCCUGUGCCGAUACUGACGUGUUUUGUUUCGUUCAUUGUCAAACCCUCUCUUUGAUAAGUCUGUCUUCCUUUUUUUGGGUUGCUUUGCGGUGCAGGCAGUUGUUGCCAAUAUUGGAUUUGCGACCUUCUCUGAAGGAUUCUCCACCAUUGAAUCAGGCUUUUACCAUCUAAAGGGACGUGCACGCAUAUCUGAAUUUGUCGAGCCGUCAAUAUGAACGCUCUCUCUCUGACAUGACCUGUGAUUGGCUGAAGUCUGCCAUCACGGCCCAGAUUUCCUAAAGCCUGAAAACAGCCAACAGAGUUUAUUAUGGGAUAUUAGCGCAAUGAUGCCAGAAUGAAACUGCUGACCACAACUUUAAAAGACAAUAUCAGUGUUUGUGCAAGAUGUAGCUCCUCAAAUACAAGUCAUGUGCACUUCCUCAUCCUCAGUGUAUGCAGCACAGUUUCAGAUUUGAUGUAUUUUCCCCACUGUUCCAGGCAGCCGUUAGUUUCCAUUUUUUAGAUUGCGGAAUAAAAAUCAGUCAGCAGACUGUUGACGCCUGCAUGCCGAAGUUCAAAGUAUGUUGCAUUAUGCAGUAUUGCAGUUUAAAUACAUAUUAUUUCUCUAACAGUGAAGAUUAAGACAAUGUAAGUUUGACAGAAAAUGUAUGCAGGCUCAGUAGAUUACACACAACUUAAACUACUUUCAAGAGACUACUUAUUGGUUUUCAUACUGUAUGGAAAUUAAUGGAAACCACUUGCUGCCUUUUAAAUAUAAAAUAAAAAUAGGAAGAUAAAUUAUUUGGUCUAUGAAAUGCCAGAAAAUAAUGACAAAUGGCUUACAAUUUACGAAAGCCCAAGGCACUGUCUUUUGUGAGACCAGCACUGGUGGAUGUAGGGAAUUUUUAGUGUUGUGGCUUGAAAAAAAAUACAGUAGAUUAUAUUAUUAAACCAAUUAAGCGUCAAAAUGUUUCAGAUGUACAAAAAGGAAUUUGCAUUUCUUAAACCAUAUGAGGUUUUAUAUAAAUUAGCUAAAACAUGGAAAAACAUCAGUUUGGUCCUUUAAAAGAUUUUUACUCAAAAAGUAAAGACUAAAUGUGAUCACGUAGUUCUGAUGUCACUCCGAGUUGCAGCAUUUGCAGGUUUUAACGUCGUUAAAGGCUCGCACAAAAUGGCAGCACCUCUUUCUCUCAGUCUAAAACCUUUAACCCCAUGUCACCCCAAACACACACACACACACACACACACACACACACACACAUCACCCCGCUGCUCGGGUAACCUCAUGGCCUCUGAGGCUGUCCCGUUGUCAUAGCAACAAGCUCAUCAGCAUUCAGUGAGGUGGUUGGAUGGUCAGGACCCGAGGAGAGGGACAUAUUGUUAAAGUUUGUCCUGCUGGUGACUCACACUCCUUUCGCGCAUUUACAAGACACCACGCACACACUCCUUUGAGCUCUUCUCUUUUUUUUAUUUAAUCUCGUUUGGCUCUCCUCUCAGUUUGACUCGACUAUGUAAUCUGGCUGCACUCCAUUUUAAAUAGGAGAAAGUUUUGGUGGCUUGUUUGUCAUUAUUGUUAAUAUUCCUACCCUGAUCUGCUGCAGUACAUGUAUUCAUCUGGGCUUGGGAAAGCAUUAUUCUUGAAACUACGACAUUUUUUUAAAAAAUCCAUUGAGUCAUGUAAGGGCAAUCAGUAUAAAUGUAAUAUUUGUAUAAAUAAACAGCAUAAUAUGCUCCGUCUCUAUUUUUACGUGUAAGUCAUGAUGAUUUGUGAAGCUCAAACGGUGAAUGUAUGAAGGCCUGAUUGUUUAGGCUUUAUUAUCUUCCGUAUGAGGUCGGUGUUAACAUGAAUAAACAGGUGAAACAGCA